GAUAUCCUAUGGUAUUUGUCUUCCUCUGUCUAGUAGAUAACUGCUCUUAAAAGCUACUCCCUCCAGAAGGUCAGGGACCUGCCAGAACUGGCCACUGCUUUCUUGGCAGUCCCAACUCCUCACCGCUGGGAGCAGGAGUUUACUUCAGCCUCGGACACCAGGCUUAGUGAGGCUAUUGGAAGUACGCACGUCCACGUCUGAGCUGAGACCCCAGGCCAAGGUACUUUGCCUCAUUUUCCUUUCCGGAAGUAAUAAAACCAGAGUAUGUUGGUCAUGAGGAGUAAAUGAACUGGGAUUUUUUUUUAGCAGUAACAACUGUGUCUGGCCCAUAGCAAGCACUGCACAAGUGUUUUUACCCUGUAGCUCAGUGUUUCUCUAACCUUUUUCCUAUCACCCACAGUAACAUAUACUUUCCAUCAUCACUAUUUUUCUUUCUAAUGUUGAUGUAAAUAACACCAGUCUCUAGAUGGUUGAUCCCAUUUUGUUUCCCUUAUUAAUAUAUUAAGUUCUUGGGGGACAGGGACUAUGUCUUAUUCAUUUUGGUCUCUGAUUACUUCAUUUCCUUCUUUCAUUGAGUUUAUCAAGCUUCUAUUACCCAUUCAUUCCGCAUAUAUGUGUGGACCAUUUAUGGAGCACCUACUAUGUGCGGGACAUGUAUUAAUGCCCUGGGACAGAUCAGACCUACCUCGAAUGAGUAAAUAAGACAGGGAGGUAGGAAGUCGGGAAGGCAGGCAGGAAAGAAAAAAUCUAGGGUCCUAGAUGCCCCUGGCCAGCGGUACCCCCUUUUAACCCCCAUGCUCGCACUUCUACCUGGGCCAGAAAAUUGCUUCCUCUCCUAACAAACUGGAGUGCAUCGAUUGUGUCACUGGGGACGAAACUGGGUGCUGGUCCCAGCAUCGCCCAGGGACCCGCCCCAUCGCCUCCAGCCGGGGCGCGGCCACAGUGACUCUGGCUCCGGGAGCCAGGAGCCGGCAGCCUCCGCGCCCCUCUGCCGGCAGCUUGAGCACUGGGCCCCCGGCCCAUGGAGUUGCCCAAGACUCCGGGUGACUCCUCCCCAGGGACCCUCCCCUUCUGGGGCACGUCAUUUUCCCCACCCCCAGGUCUCGACCCCUGCGGUUCCUCGCAAGCCUGCAAGCCGGGGACAAGUCUCAGCCCCCUGCUCGGGAGCCGGGGCGCCGGGGAGCCGGGGCGCCAUCCAGGUGCGAGCGCCCAGGGCCCAUGGAGCUGCCGGCCAGCAACACCAGCUGCGAGAACGGUUCCCUGAUCAGCCUCUACUGCUCCUCCCAAAAAGUCCUGUGCCAGAUCGUCGGUGGCCUCAGCCCUGAGGUGCCCAGCAAUGUCACCUCUAACAGCUGGCAGGAGAGGUUCAGGCAGAACUACAGCUUCUAUGUCGGCUUGGGGCUGGCCUUCCUGUCUAGCUUUCUCAUUGGCAGCAGCGUCAUCCUCAAGAAGAAGGGCCUCCAGCGGCUGGUGGCCUCGGGGGCCACACGGGCUGUGGACGGAGGCUACGGCUACCUGAAGGAUGCGAUGUGGUGGGCUGGAUUUCUCACCAUGGCUGCCGGAGAAGUUGCCAACUUCGGGGCCUACGCAUUUGCUCCUGCGACAGUCGUCACACCUCUGGGAGCACUGAGUGUCCUCAUAAGUGCCAUCUUCUCCUCCUAUUUCCUGGGAGAGUGUCUAAAUCUGCUGGGGAAGCUGGGCUGUGUGAUCUGUGUGGCCGGCAGCACAGUGAUGGUGAUACAUGCCCCCGAGGAAGAGAAGAUUACCACCAUCAUGGAGGUGGCUGCCAAGAUGAAAGACACAGGGUACAUCGUGUUUGCUGUGCUCCUGCUGGUGUUCUGCCUCAUCCUCAUCUUCAUCGUCGCCCCACGUUACGGACAAAGGAACAUCCUCAUUUACAUCGUCAUCUGCUCUGUGAUCGGGUCCUUCUCUGUAUCCGCCGUCAAGGGCCUGGGCAUCACCAUUAAGAACUUCUUCCAGGGGCUGCCAGUGGUGCGGCACCCUCUGCCCUACAUCCUGUCCCUCAUCCUGGCACUCUCGCUCAGCACUCAGGUCAAUUUCCUCAACCGGGCGCUGGACAUCUUUAACACCUCCCUGGUGUUCCCCAUCUACUAUGUGUUCUUCACCACGACAGUGGUGACCUCCUCCGUCAUCCUCUUCAAGGAGUGGCACAGCCUGUCCGCCGUGGACAUCGCGGGCACCCUCUCCGGCUUUGUCACCAUCAUCCUGGGUGUGUUCAUGCUUCAUGCGUUCAAAGACCUGGACAUCAGCCAGAUCAGCUUGCCCCACAUGCACAAAAACCCAAGCCCACCUCCCGCCCCAGAGCCCAGCGUCAUUAGACUCGAAGACAAGAAUGUCCUCGUGGAUAACAUAGAACUCUCCAGCACCCCAUCACCAGAAGAGAAGCCCAAAGUGUUUAUCAUCCAUUCGUAAAGCUUGGAAUGCGUGAGUGAGCGGAUGAGCCCUGUGGUACAGCCUGACUUCUCAAUUGCAGAGCCACCUGGCAAUUUUCAGCAUAACUCUUAACCAACGGGCUCUCUUUUCCUGAGAGUUUCAUUUAUACCUCAUCGCUGUUUCCGGGAGGAAAAUCCCUACCCAGUGAGCAGUGGUGGCAGAACUUCCUGGAAACACAGCCUCAGUGACCAAAUGCCCUACUUUACAUUGGUGCCAGCAGGUCUCCUGGACCUCCCGGACCACUUGUUUCCUCGGUGCCAUCUCCAUGUUGUUGGGAAGAAGCUAGAAUGUGACCUGUUGAAUGUAGCAUAGCCAAGAACUUCCCUAAAACGUUGGUCGUCAGGAAAUCCUUUGCACUAGUUCUCCUCCUGAGACUGACCGGCUCACCCCUCCUGAGCCCGGGGACAAAGUGCAGCUGGUGGGUGCCCAGAGAGCCAUUCGCCACACCCCCACUUGGAACUAAUAGGCACACAACUAUUGUAAAAUGUCUUGUUGCUUCUGCUGCCGCAUCCUCAGAGACAGAAGCAAGACCUCAGCUGACCUUCUCACUGUGAAAGCCACCUACCACCUCAGGGAGCCAUUUCUAUCAGCCCCCAUUCCCAGAGCUCUCUGGCCUGGAGGUCAGCAUCCGUUUCCAUCCACGCCACCCACAUCCCUGCCCCCUCCCUCUCUAGAUGCAUCCUAAGGACUUGGGCAGUUAUCUUCGAAUGCACACCACCACAGUAACAACAAAAGAUGCUUUACAGCCAA